UAAACGUCAAUCAGGAUUGGCGUUUGUGUCUGUUUAUUCAUUUUACUGCUGCAUAAGUCUCGUCCAAAUAUAAGUAAUCUAUAUAAGGCAGAGUAAACGUCAGAUUUAAUUAAAUGUAAACAAGACGUAAAGUAUUAUCAUCAGAUGUAAAAAGGGAGGUACACCAAUGAAAUCAACAUUAUUGCUUACAAAACUGCAAUCUGUUAAUUAUCAUCUGAAACUGAAACCUUGAAUAGGAACGAAACUUGUUUAGUUGUAUCGGUUUCUUGUAUAUUUAUGGAUAAAAAAUAAGAAAAAUAAGAUUACUUAGUGAAUGUCAUCAAGAAAAAAAAUCGAUGAUUACUUAAGUAUAAAAAAAACAACUCGGAAAAUGUCUGGAGCAGUUUAUCAACCUACAACUAUAACAUAUGAAUCGAAUGGCCCUCAAGACAGAUGGCAAGAUAGACCAAUAAGUUUUUUAGCUUCUUCAGUUUCACAAAAUGCUAGGAGACCAUGUGGGAUAAGUUGUUUGCCCUCUCGAAAUGUAUUACCUAUAAUUCUUGUUUCAUCAUGCGUAGCUUGUUUCAUUGUUGGCCUUGUGAUGCUUGUGCAAGGUGCAUUGGGAUAUUCUGAUACCUCAGAAAAUAAGGAGGAUUUAUUUUUGCUGAUCACAAUCUUUGGAGCUAUAUUCUUCGCACUUUCCAUACUAUUAUUUGUUUUCUUUGUCCGUAUAACGAGGAGGAUGUGUUGGAGACAUACUAAAGACCAUUUAGAUACUUCAGGUGGACAAGCUUUAACAGUAAACCCUUCUACGGAUCUUCUUGUAACAGCACAAUAUGCCCCAGUAUCUGAGGUAGCUUAUCAACCAGCACAACAAGAAGAUACUGAACAGAGCAAAUUGAUGUCACAGGAAAAUAAGGAUCUUGUCAAUGAAGAUACCGAUCGCAUGGUGGAGAGAGAUCCGAGGAUUGUACUUCGUCCACUAAAUACACAUGAAGAAACAUAGAGAUACAUCACCGAAAAUCAACUGCAACCGAACUAAUUUAGUACUUAGCUUAUUCAUUGAAGACUUAACAAUAAUUUGCUUUGUUGGAACUGAUACUUAUUUACUUAAUAUUAGAAUAGUCAGCUGUUAGUUAUUCUGACACUAAAUUUGUUAACCUAAAUUUUUUAUCAUUUAUUUAAUUUAAAAAAGUUGAGUAUUAUAUCGUUAAUUUUUAGAAAAAUGAGUUAAUUGUAAAGAAAUUAAAUUGAUUUCUUUGUUAUAUUAGUAAUAUCGCCAUACUGACCACAUUUUUCGAUUUGGAUAUGAACAAACAACCUUAUUAGGCUCCGAAGACCUGAUCCUAGUUGUAGUAAACAGUAUUCAGUAUAAAUAUAACCAACUAUUCCAUUAAAUUCAACUUAAUAUUCAAUUAAAUUGACAGGUUUGUGAUAUUUACAACGAGAAAUUAGAAUAGUAACACAUCUAGUAAAUUUACUCUAGUUUCAAUAUAUUUACAAUUACGAAAAAUAACAGUAUUUACAUUACAGAACACAUUACAUCGAUUUACACUAUAUGGCCCGUCCAGUUUUUCAUAGAUUCAUAUCCGGCUCGAAGGACCAGAUAAGGUAAUUGUUAGUAUCAGGGGCGCAACAACCUAACAACUCUCAAAGGGGAUGUCAAGAGAAUUCUUUAUAAUGACUGCAUUGACUUAUCAAGAUGAUUAUAAGAAAUAUUUUGUUUUGAGUGGACAUAUACAUUUAUAAAUGAUUGAGUUAGUGCUGCUAAAUCUAAGAAAUCUAAUAUGCGUUUAUGAACGUGGCAUAUUGUUAAAUUACUUGAUAUUUUUUCACUUGUGGUACAUUUUGAACCCACGCAAUGCACUGAAACUGCGUUUCAGCUUCACAAGAUGAAGCAGGACAUGUAGUUAAAACUUCAACUCUGAUAUCUGACCUGAAAAAAAUUUUCUCAAUUUAGUUAAAUGAUAUUUCAUUUGUGUUGUGUCACACAAUUUUGAUUUUACUUACACUUACGUCUUGCAUCGUUGUCUCGACACAAUCUACUCGAACUUGCAACGCGUUUCGACUUGCGACCUAAGACGCAUAUAGAAUUGUGUUAGGACCUUGGAAGUUUAUAAAGGACCAUCAAAAUAUAAAAUAACUCAUAUAUUAGGGUUUUGAAUGUUGUGAAUAUUCGAAGGACCACUAGAAUUAUGAAAAUGCUUUAAUUUUUUAUGUGUAAUCAGUAUUAACAAAAACCGGUUCGAAAUUCACUUGUCACAUUGUAAGGUUGGUUGCCUAAUGUAUCGAAACAGUUGCGGACGGAUUGCAACUUGCUGUUUAGCGUGAGUUCAAAAUAUUUUAUAUAUACAUAAUACUUUUUUAAAUCUAUGAAUAUGUAAACAAUCAAUUGAUUGAAUCACUAACGGUACAUUUGUAACAUUAUAGUAAAAACACUCUAAGUUAAAUGAGUUUUGUUUUAAGGAAAAAUUGGAUUGACACCCCUCAUUGUUGCGCCUCUGUUCACUAUAACUUACCUUUUAUAUUAAAAUUUUGUGUAAAGUUUCUUUAUAGUCAUGUAUGUUAAGUAUUAAUUCGUAUUUAAUUGAAUUUUGUUAUAAAACGAAAGUUUCUAAAAUUAGGGAUAUUAUAUUCAAUAAUUUAUUAAUUAUUGGUUGUGUUUCAUCUAUUUUCAUAUAUAUUUAUGAAUCUCAAAAGACUAUUUUUUAAAUCGACUGGAAAAAUAUUUUGUCAUUCCACGAUUUGUAGCAGUAGUUUCACAAAAAUAAACUAUUUUCAAUCGUUAUUUAUAAUUAUGAUACGAAGAAAUUAAUUGCAGUAUAUGUGACAAGUUAUACCUCUUAUUUAUAAAAAAACCAACUUUUGAAACAGAAAUUAAAAAUGGUUUUAACACGAUAAGUUUGCAAAGUCAUAUUCCUUCUAUUGUCCCAUGCUGCACCCGGUAAAGACCCUACCAAACCUGAAUCUUAACACCCUAUUUGGGUAAAGUCUUUGGACGUUUGAUCAAGGACAGAAUCUAGAACUUCUGUACCUAUAAUUCCAAAGCAAUGUGUGCCUCUGCCAUCUUCAUGGAUAUCCAGAAGGAUUUCGAUCAGGUCUGACGUGCUGGACUAGUUUGAGCUUGAGAUUGGACUACAGACUUCCGAAGUGUUGUUGAGGGCUACUUUACUACAGUGAUCUGCAGUUUAGUUUUCAUUGUAAGAUGGAAGACUUGCAUUAAAACUAAAGUUUGAUGGAUGUCAAGAAUGCUUCUGACUAUUGGGUAUUUGGGUGAAGAGGUUUUAAUUAACUGCAUGUAUAGAAGGGAAACUGUACUUAUGCGAUAUUAGAAGGUAGGGAAGAGAGGAUGUCGGACGAAGUAUUGUAUUUUUGAUUGUACCCCCUUAAUUUAUGGACAAAACUACCUACUACUUUAGUAUUUGGAUCGUUAAGCAUGACUUGUUUCGAUAAAAAUCCACCCCAACUCAAGU